AUGAGUUUAUCAGUCCGAUGCGCAGCGACAGGUACAAAACUAAUUGCGCUGGACUUUGAUGGCGUGGUCUGCGACUCGGUGGGGGAGAGCAGUCUUUCGGCCUUCAAGGCGGCCGCGCUGCUGUGGCCGGAGAUUUUCCAAACCCCCGAGGCCGAAGCGCGGAAGAACGAGCUUGUGGAGAAGAUGCGUGCCGUACGGCCCGUCGUGGAGACAGGGUACGAAAAUAUUAUACAGAUACGGUGUUUGUACGAAGGCGUGUCCGUGGACGAGAUGCUGGCGACCUGGGAGACAAUGCUGCCUUCUCGCAUGGCCGAGUGGGGCCUCAACCGCGGCGAGAUGGUCGAGCUCUUCGGUCAGGUGCGCGAUGACUGGAUCGCGGCCGAUCUGGACGGCUGGCUGGCGCCCAACCGCAUUUACGAGGGCGUGGCCGAUCCAGUGUGCGGCGCCAUGAGCAGCCACCAAGUCUACAUCGUCACCACCAAACAGGCCCACUACACGGAGAUUUUGAUGCGGGACAUGGCCUCGGUACCCUUCCCCGCCGACCGCAUCUUCAGCCAAACGGUUUCGGGGCGACCCAAAGGUGAGGUGCUGGCGGCGCUGGCGGCCCAGCACCCGGACGUCAACGCCAAGAUCUUCGUGGAAGACAAACUGAGCACGCUGGAAAAAGUGGCCAGGGAUCCCGCGUUGUCGGACUGGCAGCUCUUCCUGGUGGACUGGGGAUACAAUACACCGGGAGAGCGAGCCCGCGCCGCCGCGCACCCCGCCAUCACCGUCAUCGACAAGCACCAGUUUAAGGAGCUUCUGACGGUGCCGGCGGCUGCGGCUGAGACCGAGAUGGGGUUGCAAGUGGCACAGUGA